UUCGUUUGUUGGAAUUUUUUUUGCCCCGGCGACACUUUCAAGUGAAAUUCGUUGUUGGCGCAUUUUUUUUUUUUCAUUUCAACAAUUUUCAUUAUCUACAAAAAUAUUAAUAAAUAAUAAACAAUUAAGUAAACUUUUCAAUUUGCAUUCGAUAGUGAAAAAAAUAUUAACAAAAAGAAUUCAAAUUUAGAUUAUAUAAAACCGCGCUCUCCCUCAAACAGCGCGUCUAAAUAAAUCAGAAAUCCAGAGCUAACCUCUAAAAAAAAAUCCACCAAGAAGACAGGAAUAUAGAAAAAACGAAAAAAAAAAAACGAUUUGCAGCAAAUUAAUAAAGUGAAAUAAAACUUUGCGACGUUUCUUCUUCUCUAGCUUGUGUUUGUGUGUGGCUCUUGUCGAAAAAAGUGCAAUUUCUCUGCCUGGCAAAAUUGGCCAAAUCUUUUUUAAUAAUUAUUAUAUUUCAACUCAACCCAAACGUUGCAAAUAAACUACAAUCAUUUCGCCCAAACGAAAACAAAGUUUCCAUCGCAUCCGAAUGGAAGUGGACGCCACGAUUCCGGAUGAAAAUGUCGAUGAUGACGGUGAUUAUAUUACCGCCAUGAAAUUGGCCGUAUCCGAGGACGAGGAUGGCGGCGGCGGGGGCGAUGCAAUGGCCGACGACAAUUCCGUAGAUGGAACUAGCGCUAAAUUAAAGAUAAAUAUCGAAAAUGGUGGCUCUGAGGCUGCAUCUGGCAGCAGCAAUAGCAUAAUCACAAGCAACAAGCGUAAGUUGCAUCAGGACAUGCUGCAGCAUCCGGAGACGGAUGAUUUGUUUGGUUUCGAUGAGGAAACUGGGAAGCCAAGUUAUGGCUUGCCAGAUGAUGAACCAAUGCUUGAAAAAGUAGAGGAACCCGAAUGCGUUGUUGUUCCGCCGAAAAAAAGUCGACAAUCAGUCGAAGAGAGUGUGAGUAAAAUCGAAGAAGCUGUUUUAGCUUCGCCAUCGCCCACACCAUCGACUUCGACUGCAACAACUGUCGUUGUUACUCCAGAAGCUGUUGUUGCUGCUGCUGUGCCAGUUGCAGUGUCUCCUCCGAUUGUUGCAGUGGUGCCAGCAGCUCCGCCACCGACUCCGGUGGCAGUGGUUAAUAAGCCACGACUGCCGACAGAUGAUUUCUAUAAGAAACCAUUUGAGUGUGGUUGGAAAAGGGAGUUGGUUUAUCGCGCCAAUCCGGAGGCAAGUAAGGAUAAGGCAGAUAUUUACUUUAUUGCUCCGUCGGGCAAGAAGACUCGAUCUAGAAAUGAGAUCAGUGCUCUUUUGGAAGGCGAUUUGACCAUUGAGCAUUUCUGCUUUGCCAAGGAGCCUUUGGGGGGUACUACAGAGCAAGAAAUCGUGCGCAGUGCAAAGCCAACAAAUCGUUCAACAUCAGAGGUAACAAGCACUCCAACCAACACAAGCAGUGGAAAACGCAUUUCAAAACCCAAAGCUCCCAAAGGAGCUUCUCCACCGCCACAAGGAUGGACAGCAACACGAGCUCUUAAAAACUCUUCAUCUUUGAAUUCAAAUUCGAAUCAAUCAGCAGCAGCAACUACCGCAACAGUGGCGUCACCCAAAUCAACGCCGAAAUCAUCUAAAAACAGAAAAACCGGUGGUGAUGUAACAACAACAGCAGCGGCUCAACAACCUUGCACGAUACAAUGUGCUGCUGCUAUGGGAUUGAUUCCACAUUUGCAGUGCAUCAAGUGUCUUUGUUUGUAUCAUCAUGAGUGCGUUGGAUUGGAUCGAAAGGAUAAUCUGUAUCGGUUAGAUACAGAUGGUAGAGGCGCUCAGGGCUACAAUCGCAAAGAUUAUGUUUGUCAGUCUUGCGUCCCCACAGUGAAUACAGCAGCUAUCUUUAAGGAAAACAACUUAAAUCCUAAAGAACCAGACAUGCAAAUUCUUCUCGCAGCACUUUCUCAGCCACCUCCACCUCCCCCUCCAUUACCAGCUCCCGUUUCUAUAAGCACUCCUCCUGUAAGUGCUCCAUCUCCUAAACUAAUUAAUGCAGCAAUUAUUGCUCCUGCACCAGCAGCACAAGCACCACAACCUACAGCUGCCGCUGUACCAGUUACAAAACCUAAAUUUGCACCACCUGAGCCUACUGUUGGAGAUCUUCCUCAGUCCAUAGCUGUUAUCAAAGGAAAGAAAUACGUUGUUGUGAAGAAACCAUUGAUUCAACGUCCCACAGCUGCCGCUGCUGCUGAGAAUAAUGCUAGUAUUGAAACUACAGCUGAAAACGAUGUUGUUACAAAUGAUCGUUCCAAACGCAAUAACACAUCUAAUUCACAUAGGAAACAGCAAACUGCCGUGGCCACUUCGACUACAUCAGUGACAACAGCUACAGCAGCCGUACAGAGUUCACCGCCAGGCAAUAGUACUGCCCAACCGACAAAGGAGCCUUCAGCAUUAUCAGCAGCUGCAUCAUUAAAUUUUGCAUCAAAUUUCUUUGCAAAUGUAUCAGUAGGAUAUGGUGCUAUACUGCAUAUACUAAAGUAUCUUAAAAUUCAUGAGCGUCCACGAGCUGCAUCGGUUUGCAAGAUUUGGAAUCUUGUUGCAAAAGAUCGCGCACUAUGGCAAACUGUGAGAAUGAAGAACUCUAAGGUUGGCAAUUGGGCCGGUUUCACAGCUGCCCUCCGUCGCGGAGAGACUAAGCAUUUAGAUCUACGAAAGCUCUUGGUAUCCAGUACCAAAUUAGAAGAAACUUGGUCAGAAUUCUGCAAACACAUUGGCAUGGUGCCAUCUCUCGAACACAUUGAUAUGUGUCGCUGUUCGGCCAAGGUCGUAGAGAGCAUAUUCCUCACGAAUCCCAACCUGACGAUCUUAAGUGCAUUGGCGAUAAACAAUGAGAGUUUGAAUUUGAUUAAUCUAGACAAUCUAGUUAUGUUGCAAGAGCUACGUUUACGCACAUUGGACAAGUGUACCCUCGAAGGAGACCUAUCGCCGUUACGCUGCUUGACAAAUCUUCGGCAUUUGUCCUUGACAUCAAUUCGAGAUCUUGGAACCAAGGGAAUCGAAGUUAUUGGUGAAUUAAAUAGUCUCGUUUCACUUGAAUUGGGUGACUGCAAUGAUUUUGACUCGCGUUUCACCGACAAUGUUUUACCCAAACUAUCAAACUUAGAACGGCUGCGGUUAGAAAUCGGUCAAGAGCAAUGCCGUACAUUGGACAUUUUAGAUUCGGUAGCUAAGCUGGAAAAUCUUAGCCAACUUGAGUUUGUAAAUUUCGAUAUUAAGCCUGGCUUUGAUGACAAACUUGCUCAGUGCACAAAUAUACUGAAGCUCUUGAUCAUCCCUACAUACAUCUCACAAUCAGCCACAACUAACAAUAUUGUGCUUAAUGCAGUUUUAAAACUUCAAGACACCCUGGAAGUGUUUACAUGGGGCGUUACUGUGGAACUGCUUCGUGUCACCGCACUCUAUGUGGACCAAUGUGAAGAUUCAACACGAAAAGAACGUCAUCACUUCGAUGAAUGCAUUCCUGUACUGAAGCCAGUACCCGGUUCGACUGCUGCAGAUACCCCUGGUGAUCAACCCAGUCCCGGAGCAAAUGCUGUCCCACAGAUUGAGAUUCUCCCGCUAGAUAAAGUUGAAGAAAUCCUCCGAGAUAAUCUGGCUACCACGAAGUUCACAAUAGUGAAAGUCCCCUACCACGCUACAUGGAAGCAGCAACUUGUAGAAUAGUGCUGCUGAUCAUUUCGAGGCCUCACACCUUCCUCUUAACAUAUCCAGAGAUGUGCGACCGACCAGACCAGACUAGAAAAGACCCGACGACGCCGCGACAGAAUGAAUUAAUUAAUUUCUCUUUUUUUUUUGUCAUUUUAUUAUUAUUAUAAUUAUGCUUGUAAGCAAAAUUGAGUAGAAGGACUUUUUAAAAAAGCACGAUUUGUGAUCAUUUUGGUUGAUAGCAAGGAUCACAAGUAUCAGCCUAAAGAUUCCAUUUUGUGUCAAUUAAUCAAAUUUUUUUUUAUAUUUUAUUAUUAUUGAUAAUAAUUUCAUUUAUUUUUUUCGAAACAAACACACAGCAAUAUUGAGAGAGAACCAACUUAAGAUAUUGGUUUCGUUUAUUUUUUUUAAUUUUUGUGUUUCUUUCGGUAACUAAGAGUUAAUAAAGUAAAAAAAAAUUAAUAAAUAAUAAAUAUAAACAACAAAAAUUAAGCGUUAUAGAAUAUGAAUUUAAUUAUAUUAAAGAAAAAAAUAUUGUAGAACGCAAUACAAUGAGAAAAAGAGAUAAACUUAAUCGAGAAAUAA